GGACCCCGCCCAUCACCCCGUGUUGGUCACUUAUAUAAACCUGAGGACUGAUGUACAGACACCAGUUGAGCUCACCCAUCCACAAGUGACACAGCCAUGAAGGUAAUUGUUCUUUUGCUGUCGGUGGCGGUGUUGACGCUGGCAAAAACCCAGGGCAAGUACGACAACCCAGGGCCCGUUGUGCUGGGGUCUGAACGGCAGGGGUCCAGCGGGCAGGAGUCGGUUAGGCAAGAAUCUGGAAGUGUGGGGUCCGGCGGACAGGGAGAUCUGUUAACCUCUGCUACCAAUAACUACGGACAACAGGGAGUACAGUUCCCCUCAGCACCCGCCCAGUACAACUUCCAGUGGGACGUAAACGACUCUCCCUCAGGCAACUUCUACGGUCAUGGAGAGGAAAGGAAUGGAGAUAACACACAGGGCAAUUACUACGUGCAGCUGCCUGAUGGUCGCCGUCUGCUGGUUGAGUACUUCGCUGAUCAGACCGGCUACCACCCCACCGUCACCUACGAGGGCGAGGCCACCUUCCCUACCGGGGGAGGUGGUGGUGGCUCUCAGCAGGGUUACUACCAGUAGCUGACCCACACUCAUCUCAGCUGAUCUCUCAGACACAAAAUAUAAAUUUUGGCAGGUUUUUAUGUAUUUACCUUUGAUGAUUGCAUUACACUCCAAAUUCUGUGAUUUGCUCUGUUGUGUUAAAAUUAUUUUGGUAUUGACGCCCUGGAGGCUGCUGUUAACUUUAGUGUUUCCUGGUGAAAUAAACUUUACGAUUGGUGUAUAA